AUGCCGACCGAUCAAGAACAAAAUAUGGAGUCAAAUAUUCUAAAUAUGUAUCACCAGGCACGCUAUCGCACAAUUGAUCACAAUGUAAUACGUUCAAUGAGUGAGUCCCUAUCAUCUGAAGGCAGCUGUAAUCAAAAUAGUCCAGAAUACAUACAGGGUCAGGCUUCCAGUCAAUAUGAGGAGGAGAGCAAUGAGGGAGAAUAUUGGGAUGCUCAGGAUAGAAAUUUAUGGAGUCAGAAUCAAAAGAUAAACAUAACAAAAAGCCAUGACUCAAGUAUAGAUGAAGAGGUAGAUGUUCAAGAAAUAUCCAUAGAUGAAAAAAACCAAGAUUCAUCUGAUCAUGAGGAUGACCCAGACAUAAUGGAAGAUAACUCUUUGGUUGAGGGUGCAGAUUAUGAUGUCAUUCAAGUUUUCGCUGUGGACCCUGAUUUGGAUUUAGAAGUUUCCUCAGAAGAGGAUGAUGAAGUUCAUUCUGAUGAUGAGGAAAAUGAAGAUGAAGAAGAAUAUUUAAGUCCUCAAGAUAAACCAAACUAUACAGAGACUGAUAAUGUUUAUACAUACCAGCAGAACUCAAAAGAUAGUAUAUGUACAGACAAUUUAGGCAUUAAUUUAGACACUCCUGUUGUUUCAAAUGUCGAUGAAUAUUUUAUUAAAGAUAAAGAUAUAUUAGCAGUGAAGGAUGGACCCAUUGUAAAUGACGUAGAUGAGUAUUUUAUCAAAAAUGUAAAAGUACAUACUCAACCUUCUGUGGAAGAAGAUUUCUUAAUACCUGCUAAGUUGCCACACAAACCGGAUUUCACGAUAGAAAAAGGUGUGCCCAAUGUUGAGGAAUUUUUUGCCACUGUUGAUGUGAAUGAUGUUAAAGUAAUGGCAGUGGAAGAGAUGCCUGAGCAAGAAAUUGAAGCAGAGGUUCCCCUUAACGAAUCUGAUCUUGAAGUCUUGCCUAACAUUGAGGAUUUAAAACAAUAUUUGCUUGAAGACACACCAUAUUCGAAGCUAAAAAGCGCGCAACGAUCGUGCUCUGUGCCACAUUCGCCGAUGCGCAAUAUAUGCUUAGAUUUGGAUGCUAAAACUUGCCUAAGUUUUGAGGAUUUGAAUUUGGACUUAUCUGAUCUGUCAUUUGAAAAUUCUAAAGACAAAUCAAACAAUAGCUCCAAAAGUGAUGAUAUUCCGAGAACUUUAACUGAAGAAGAUGUAAAUAGCUUCUUAAUAACACCCGUAAAUGUUACAAAACCAAAACAGAAUGAUGACCUAAGUCCAUUAGACAUGGAGAUAGAUAAGCCUGUUGACUCAGUCAUUAGCACAAUUGAACAAACCAACUCUGUAAUACUACCUCAUGACAUCCCUAUUCAAGCUUUAAAGAACAGCUUAGAAGAAAUUCCUGCUAUAAAACCGGUUACACACAAUGAGCCUAAAAUAAAAAAAGAACAAGCUUCAAAUUUUAUGCCCAGUUACUUCACAGAUGAUUGCCAAAUUAAAACGACAUCAACGCCUAUUAAAAGAAAACCUCAAGCAACAAAAGUUACUUCCCAAGUAAAACCCACAGUACUGGAUUUUUGUAUAGAAAAAAAUAAUAUUGUACAAGAAGUUGAUACUAAAAUUACUGAAUUAGAGGAUUUUGUAGAUGUUGAGUCAUGCAACGAUAGUAUUAUGCCAGUACUAGAGGCCAACAAUUUAAAUUCUCUUCUCGAACAGUUUGAAGCAACUGAAAAGUUGAAUACAAACCCAAAGAAACCAGUAGUGAAAUUGGAUCUCAAGGGGAAAAAUCUGACCACUUUAACGAAUGGUACGCGUUUACAAGACGCUGGAGUACAAUUGAACAAAAAUAAAAUGAGGCAAAUCCUGAUGCCGUCGACUAUUAAUACUGAGGUCAGACGAUCUCCAAGCCCAGUGCACUCUGAUCACGAUUAUUGUUCAACUAAAAAACGCCACAGCCUUCCCAACAUCAAAGGCGGGCGAAGUUUGCUUAAACCUGAAGUCUUGUCCAGUAAUCAUAAGAUAUUAAGCUCUAGACAUAGGUCUUGUAAGGAUAAAAAAAUAGUGUACCACCAAAGUAGUGACGAAGAAGGUGAAAAGUUUAAAGACAUUAAGAAAAAACUAUUACCAAAUCGUUCUAGUGAUGACAGUGACAUUAAAAAGAGGCCUAGUUCUAAACAAACAUUAAAGACAUCCCCAAAUUCUAGUUAUCGGAAGAAGGUCUCCCCUGUGCGUUUUGUUUCGGACGAUAUUAUCGAUAAAAGUAACGAUUCUGUGAUGGUGAAAAAUGCUUCUAAAGCAAGUGAUACUGCUAGUAGUCAAAAUUCUAGUAUUAAGCUAACUAUUAAAAAUAAGUCUGAGGUUAUAAUUAAGAAAUGUGAUUCCAAGGACAAUCAUAAGGUAAAAAUUAUUGAAAAGGACAAAAGUAAUAGUCAACCAGCUGUAGGUAUUGAGGUAUGCAAAAAUUUGUCGGAGAUGUCAAAACAAAUCAUUGACAAAGACCAAAUGGUUAUUGAAGGAACUCAGGAGCUUUCCGACAAAGACAAAGCAGAGGAAUCAAAAGCUGAAGACUUUUACGUUACUCUUUUUCCGAACAAAAAAGAUGUCCAAAUUCCUCAAGCUGUUUUAAAAAAUAGCGAAAAGAGAAGCCAUAGUGAUGAUAGUAAAGUCUCACCUGAACCUCUGAAUAGAGUAGAAACUGAACAGCCGCAGAAGAGAAAGAAGUUAAACCUCCAAGAAUACAAACUACGACGCGGCGCUAGCUCCAAUACUAGCUCAGCUCAAGUGAGUCCAGAAUCAAUAUUUCCCGAAAUGCCAACGACUAUUAACUUGGAGAAAGAUGUGAAAGUAGUUGUUAAUCAAGAACAAACAAUUGAAGAAUUAACUACGAAUACAUCUGAAAGUAAAGAUUCGUCAAAGAAAAUUUUCGAUCCUAUUCGAGAGGCGUCAAGAAAAAUUCUUAUGAACAGUAAGAAAAUGAAAGCAGAGGCAAUACGAAAAAGAGAUGAAGAUUUUGUUAUGAGCAAAAUUCCGAAAGUUGAGAAUCUCGAGUUAAAACCACUAAUAAGUGAUGCCGAAAUGAUGAAAAUCGUUGGAAUGUCGGCAGAUCCUAUAUUACCGAUCCCAAUAGCUACCGAAAUUAUUCAGCAAUCUUCAAAGGAUUACGACGAAAUCAUCAUGGUAAGCAUUGGAACGAAUACUGACGAGAAUAUGUUCAAGAGGACUGAAGUCAUGCCUGCAGUAAAGAAACCACAAUCACCCCCCAAAGAGAGCAAGUCAAUUAUCAACUUCAAAAUAAAGAAAUCCGAAAAUGUACUCAAGCAUAACGUGUUCGAUUCUACGAAAAACGGUAGAAGUCCCACUGAAGACAAGAAAUUCGAUAUAAACAUAGAUGAAGAACGAUAUAAAGGCAUUACAGCUACUUUAAAAAGCGUGGAGAAGCAAGUUGAGACUCGAAUAUCGAGUAAUUCACUCUUUGCUAGUAUCCAGGAUGUUGUUAUGAAAAAAGCUACAAAGCCACAUGCAGACAAUAGUUCGCCAGAAUAUAAAUACGCUAAACCUACUAUUAUCCGCGAUUACGACGACAAAGACGAUCACGGCGAGGACAAAGUUAUCCUCCAUCUUGAAAAGAAUCGAAGGAAACCAGAGUUAGCAGUGACAAUAAUACAAACAGAUUGUACUGAUGACUACAAACCUUUGCAAGCAGAAGUCACUGAAUGUCCACCAAUAGAGCUAUCAAUAUCGCCGCGGAAACGAAACGAUAGCGAUAUGUCUAUGUCCAGCGACACAAGUCCUGUUAGAAAACCGCAUUCCGAAGACAUAAAGAGUGCAGAAGUAAAAGAGAGGCAAAAGGAAUCGAACGAGAAGCAAAAAGAAAUGAAAGAGAAACAGAAAGAGGAAGCGCUGAAGAGAUCGCGUUCGAAAGAGCGUCACGCGUACAGGCGUUCGCGAUCGCAUUCUCGAGGGCACAGGAGGAAUAGAUCUAGAAGUAGAACCCGGUCUAGGUCCAGAGGUAGAUUUAAACGGUAUAGAAGGUCCGAUUCACCUUAUAGAAGAAAGAGACGGUCGUAUAGCAGACGAUCGCCGACACCUAGACGCGAUUACCGCCGGUCUAGAUCUAGAUCUAGAUAUGCCGAAAGAGCUAAGAGCCCAGUUAGAAAAAGUCAGCCCAAGGGCGACAAAAAGUUUACCAAGUCACUUUCGCCUCCCGUUAGGAAAGCCACGGUAUCGGAAAGCUCGGAUACUUCCACUUCUUCAAGUUCAUCAUCUGAAUCAAGUUCGAGCGCUUCCUCUAGAAAUUCUAGGUCAUCAAGUGUUUUCAGAAAAAAUGAGCAGAGGGAUCAAACAUUUAGAAAAUCAUAUAGCUCUGAGGAUAGAGAGAGCAAUACCCCAGUGGAAGAGAGACGGAUAGUGUUCGUGGGAAAGUUAGAGCAGGACAUAACUAAGGCAUCGUUACGGAGUCAGUUCACUAAAUUUGGGCCGGUCACUGAAGUCAGAUUGCACAGUAAGGAGGAUGGGACCCGGUAUGGUUUCGUGACCUAUCAGCGACCUCGUGACGCGUGGUCCGCCGUGGAGGCCGCAGCGACCUUCCCUCAAUAUGACGUCGGAUUUGGAGGACGACGAGCAUUCUGCAGACAGAGCUAUGCUGAUCUCGAUGGCCUCGAAGCCACAUACACUGAGAGCGCAUUCCACGGGCAAGGCGCUGCGCCGGUGCGUCGUAACGACGACAUGUCCUUCGAACAAAUGUUGCUAGACAUAAAAAAGAAAUUAAACAAACGAAAAGGCGACAAACGACCCGACGACAGUGCUUGA